GCCUGCCAGUCCCAUGGAUCAAAUGGGGAAGAUGCGACCCCAACCAUAUGGCUCCACAAAUCCUUACAGCCAGCAGCCAGGACCUCAACAAGGACACUCUGGUUAUCCAGUGCAGCCUUAUUCUUCACAAACUCCACAGAGAUAUCCAAUGGCCAUGCAGGGUCGGCCUCAAGGAGGAAUGGGCAUACAGUAUGGACAACAGAUGUCUUCAUAUGGGCAACAGGGCCCAGGGCCCUAUUCGCAGCAGAGCCAGUCUCCAUACUACAACCAACAGGGACUCCACCCUCCGCAGCAGCAAACACCACCACAGUCCCAGUAUUCUCAGCAGCAACCAGCUCCCCAAUCUUACAGCCAACAACAGACUUCUUCGUCCCAGCCUCCUUCCAGCCAGCCUGUGCAGCCCAAUUUUACCCAACAGCAGCAGUCCCCAUCUCCUUCACCCUACACACAGCAACAGCAGCAGGGUCCCCCCACCAGUUCACAAAGCCAGUCACCAUAUACCCAACAAGCUCCUCAGUACCCAACUUCACAACAGCAAGGAUCAUCCUAUUCAGCAUCAGGGGCACAGCAGGGGAGUACCUAUUCUCAGCAACGCUUCCCUCCACCACACAGGAGCUCUCUCAGGAUUCCUUUACAUCCCAAGCUUCAUCGACUCCUUCUAUGGGUUCCAGCAAAGGACAAGAUGAACUCAGUAUGGGGAUGCAGCCACGACCUUCUAGCCUUCCAGAUCUUUCUGGUUCCAUUGAUGAUCUCCCUAUGGGUGCUGAGGGUGCUCUUAGUCCAGGUGUCAGCACUUCAGGAAUUUCCAGCAGUCAGGGCGAGCAAAGCAACCCAGCCCAGUCUCCAUUCUCUCCUCAUACAUCACCCCACCUUCCUGGUAUUAGAGGACCUUCACCCUCCCCAGUAGGCUCUCCAGCCAGUGUUGCACCAUCUCGAUCUGGCCCUCUCUCCCCAACCUCUGUUCCAGGGACUCAGAUGCCUCCACGUCCUCCUAGUGGUCAGUCAGAUGGUUUGAUUCACCCUACCAUGAACCAGGCUGGGCUUGGGCAAGAGAGAGGGUACAUGCAGAGGAAUGCACAAAUACCUCAGUACGGAUCCCCACAGCCUGGUCCGGCACUUUCACCACGCCAGUCCACGGGGACACAGAUGCAUGCUGGGAUGGGACCCUAUCAACAAAAUUCUAUGGGGAGCUAUGGACCUCAGGGAGGCCAGUAUGGUCCCCAGGGAGGGUAUCCCCGACAGCCAAAUUACAAUGCUAUGCCUAAUGCAGGAUAUUCUGGAGGUGGCAUGGCCCCACUUGUUACAGGUGGACAAAUGCAUGGGCAGGGAGGAAUGCCACAGUAUGGAGGACGUAUGGGUCAUUCUGCAAUGGGCAACCGCCAAUAUGGGCCAAACAUGGGAAGCAUGCCACCCCAAGUUGGAUCUGGAAUGUGUCCUCCACCUGGCGGUAUGAAUCGCAAAGCACAAGAUACUGCUGGUAUGCAUGGCACUGCAAAUUCCAUACAAAACAGGUCUCCAGGAUAUCCCAGCAUGAACCAGGGUGGGAUGAUGGGAGCAGGACCACCAUAUGGCCAGGGAAUGAAUAGCAUGGCGGCAAUGAUGAAUACACAGGGACCUCCAUAUAUGGGAGGCAAUAUGGCCAACAACUCAGGCAUGGCUGGCAGCCCAGAGCUUAUGGGACUUUCUGAUGUUAAGUUGACUCAGACUCCGAAAAUGAACAACAAAGCAGAUGGGACACCUAAAACAGAGACCAAAUCAAAGAAAUCCAGUUCCUCUACUACUACAAAUGAAAAGAUAACAAAACUGUAUGAAUUGGGUGGAGAACCAGAGAGAAAAAUGUGGGUGGAUCGUUACCUUUCAUUCACAGAGGAGAAGGCAAUGGGCAUGACCAACUUACCAGCUGUGGGCAGGAAACCCCUUGAUUUGUACCGUCUCUACAUGUCUGUCAAGGACAUUGGGGGACUUACCCAGGUUAAUAAGAACAAGAAGUGGAGAGAGCUUGCAACAAAUUUAAAUGUGGGUACAUCAAGUAGUGCAGCUAGUUCCCUAAAGAAGCAAUAUAUACAAUGUCUGUAUGCUUUUGAGUGCAAAAUUGAAAGGGGAGAGGACCCACCACCUGAUAUAUUUGCUUCAGCAGAAGCAAAGAAACAGGCAAAAAUUCAACCACCAUCUCCUGCUGGCUCAGGCUCUAUGCAGGGACCACAGACUCCUCAGUCCACUAGCAGCUCUAUGGCAGAAGGAGGGGAUCUGAAGCCUCCCACACCAGCAUCCACGCCUCAUAGUCAGAUGCCUCCCAUGCCAGGCAUGAGGAAUAAUUCGGUAGGUCUCCAGGAUGCAUAUGAUGGAUCAGAUCCUUCUUACCAGAAACGAAACUCGAUGACUCCUAAUCCUGGAUAUCAGGCAGACAUGAUGGGCAGAAUGCCCUAUGAGACAAAUAAGGAUCCCUAUGGCGGAAUGAGAAAAGGAACAGAUCCUUUCAUGUCAUCUGGGCAAGGACCCAGCGGAGCAAUGGGAGAUCCAUAUAGUCGAGCACCUGGUCCAGCUAUGUCAAACAUGGCACAGCGCCAGCAUUAUCCUUAUAGCGGUUAUGAUAGAGUGAGGCCAGAACCUGGUCUUGGUCCAGAAGGGAAUAUGGCAAGUGGAGGGACUCAACCAAAUAUGAUGCCUUCCAACACAGACAGUGGCAUGUACUCUCCUGGACGUUACCCACAGCAGAGGCAUGACACUUACAGUAACCAGUAUCCCACACAGGGUACAUCAUCUGGAAGUCCCUAUCCAAGUCAGCAGAAUCCAAUGUAUCAGCAACAGAACUAUAAGAGGCCAAUGGAUGGUAGCUAUGGACCAUCUUCUAAACGCCAUGAAGGAGAAAUAUACAGUGCUUCAUAUGCUGGACCACAGAGUGUACAAGGUCAACCACAGGCACAACCUCAGCAACAACAGACACCUGGGUCUGGAGUUCCACCACCUCCUGGACAGCCCUCUCCAGCUCCUAGCUCACAGCAGACACAGGAUCCCUAUGGGCAAUAUGGGAGCAAUUAUCCACAAGGUGCUGGGGAGCGCAGGCCACCACCCUCUGGGCAGAAUCAAUUCCCUUUUCAGUUUGGUCGUGAAAGAGUGCCUGCAGCACCAGGCAAUAACUCACAGCCCCCUCUGCCUCCUAGUGGAAUGGCAGGAUCUUCAGAGACGUCACAACCUGGGGCCAUAUGGCAAGGUCGAGGUGAGAUCGGUUAUAACUACCAGGGCAGACCUGGUCCACCUACAUCCAGUACACAAGGACCUAACUACCAUUCUGUACCACCCCGUGGUGAAGAAAUGCUGCUUUCAGAACAGCGACUCAGUCACGAAGGUCAGUGGCAACCUCAUGUCAACAGGCAGCAGCCACCUUAUGUGCCUGCCGCUGGCCCACCGCUAGCCAGACCACCACCACAGUCAGGUUACCAGGCCUCCCCAAGCAUGCCUAACCAUCUGCCUCAGGUAGCAAGUCCAGCCCACCCCUCGGCCUCUGGAAGCCCACACCUCACCCAGCAAAUCUCCUUUCUUGAAGAUGCAGAAAGCUGGACCACCUGUGCCUGCAUCCCACAUUGUGCCCACCCCUUCUCAGCCACCACUCAUCCGCAGGGAUAUAACUUUCCCUCCUGGUUCUGUGGAAGCCACACCGCCCAUACUAAAGCCAAGGAGGAGACUGACUUCAAAAGAGAUUGGUACACCUGAGGCUUGGCGUGUGAUGAUGUCUCUGAAGUCUGGUCUACUGGCAGAAAGUACUUGGGCACUGGAUACUAUCAAUAUUCUGCUUUAUGAUGACAACAGCAUAAUGACAUUUAACCUUAGCCAGCUGCCUGGAUUGCUAGAGCUGCUGGUGGAAUACUUUAGACGCUGCCUAAUUGAGAUCUUUGGGAUCCUCCGCGAGUAUGAAGUUGGAGAGCCUGGGCAAAAGAACCUGCUCGGCCCUACCUCUCGAAACUCUCAAAGCCCACUCAUAAGUGAUGUUGAAUAUAGUGAUGGAGAAGGCUGCCAGUCACUUAAUGAUGAUGACCUCCAAAGUGAGGAUGAAGGAGACGAGGAAAGGAAAGCCUUCAUGGCUCCUUGUGUAGACAGUGAGGAUACCCAGCGGCAUGCAAGCAAGUUUGACAAACUCCCAAUCAAGGUUGUACAGCGGGAAGAUGCUUUUGUGUUGGACUGUUCUCACCGGUUGGGUCGUAGACAAGAAUUUGAUAGUGGCCUCUUGCACUGGCAAAUAGGAGGGGGUGAUACAACAGAACACAUCCAGACUCACUUUGAGAGGCGGCCUGAUCCCCCUGUUCGUAAACGCUCCCAGGGAAAACGCCGAUCGCGAGAACAAGUAACUGGGGCAGAGGACACUGCUCCUACCAUAGAUGAUGUUCUGUGUUCCAGGUCAAGUUCUUUGCCAUCAGAAGAGGGGGAAAAUCCUGAGGAGGACACAGAAUUUACAUUAGGUGGUAGUCCCCCACCUCGCAACAGACAUGGUCUUAAAAUUCUGGAAGAUGAACCACGUAGUAAAGAUGAAACCCCUUUGUGCACACUGGAAGAUUGGCAAGAUGCUCUUUCUCGUCGUUGCGUGUGCAUAUCGAACAUCCUUCGCAGCUUGUCUUUUGUGCCAGGCAAUGACUUGGAAAUGUCCAAGCACCCAGGGUUGCUGCUGAUUCUUGGGAAACUAGUUUUGCUCCAUCAUAAGCACCCAGAACGGAAACAAGCACCUCUUACUUAUGAAAAAGAGGAAGAGAGGGAUCAAGGCGUUAGCAGCAACAAGGCUGAAUGGUGGUGGGACUGUUUGGAAAUGUUGCGUGAGAACACGCUGGUCACUCUUGCCAACAUCUCUGGUCAGCUGGACCUUUCCCCUUACCCCGAGAGCAUUUGUCUACCCAUUCUUGAUGGUCUGCUACACUGGGCAGUUUGUCCAUCAGCGGAAGCGCAGGACCCGUUUGUAACCUUGGGUCCCAAUGCAGUACUUUCACCCCAAAGACUGGUACUGGAAGCACUGAGCAAACUGAGUAUUCAAGACAGCAAUGUGGACCUAAUAUUAGCUACACCACCUUUCAGUCGUCUUGAGAAGCUCUAUGGAACCUUGGUGAGGUUCUUAAGUGACAGAAAAAACCACGUGUGCAGGGAAAUGGCAGUUGUGCUUUUGGCAAACUUGGCACAGGGGGAUAGUUUAGCAGCAAGGUCUAUUGCCCUACAGAAAGGCAGCAUUGGUAACCUAUUAGGUUUUCUUGAAGAUAGUCUGGCGGCCACCCAGUUUCAACAGAGUCAGGCUGCACACUUACAUGGACCCUCUGCUCCCUUCGAGCCCACCAGUACGGACAUGAUGAGACGAGCCUCACGUGCCCUGCUGGCUUUGGCCAAGGUUGAGGAAAAUCACUCAGAGUUCACGCUGUAUGAGUCCCGUCUGCUGGACAUCUCGGUGUCUCCACUAAUGAACUGCUCUGUGUCACAGGUCAUCUGCGAUGUCCUCUUUUUGAUUGGUCAGUCAUGA